AUGGAGGCAUUAUUCGGAGCUCCCAAAGAUAGAGACGACGAUGGCGUAGUUAGCGGUAGCGUAUAUGGCUGCAAUAUCCUAGACCGAGUAUGCGAGAAAAUUCUGAAGGGGAAGUCGAAGUUCUUGAGCCUCGCUGGACGCAGGGUCGAGAUGAAGGCCGAGAACAUGAGCUACGGGAUGUCGAUGGCUUACGACUUCAAGAACGAACAAUUCUCGGUUUGCGCUCCACGGAGUACAUUAUCGUGGGUCAAUGGGCCAGACGUACGGAAAGAUCUCCACUAUUUCACGAUUGGAUCGUGUUACGUAUACACGAAGGAGCUCCUGCCCCUGGCCGAACUUUUCGCAGAAGGGGAUCUCCAGAGAGCUGAGGACCUCAACGAUCACGACAAGUUCAAGGUCCUGCAUCACAUAAACUCCAUGAGAGAGCUCGGCUUCUCGGUCUCCACGAAAAAUGGGAAAUACGUUCUCGGCGCUCCGGGAUACCAAGACUGGAGCGGAAAGUCCGUCACUUACGAGACGGCGAUGGAACAGUAUCCUUACAGCACAACGCCAGUUGAGAUGCGCGACAGCGCGGAUUAUUCGGGCUACGCUGUGGAUCAGAUAACGGUCAACAAAACCGAAUAUGUCGUUCACGGAUCGCCCCGUCGGAACAACGUCGUCGGUGAGGUGAUUCUCGCGACGCACGGUGCUACUCACAAUACGAAGACCAACAUCAGAAUUCCUGGCGUUCAAACCGGUGAAUAUUUCGGGGCAGCUGUUGCUGUCGCCGAUGUCAAUUGUGACGGAAUCGACGAUCUUCUGGUUGGAGCGCCAUUCAAUUCGCCAACGGAAGACGUUCGCGAUACGUUCGGCUCUGUGACAGCUAAAUUAGCCAAGGGCAAGUACGACCGCGGGGCGGUCUAUGUGUUCAUGGGCAAAGAGAACGACAUCGAUCGGCGUCAUUCGAAAGUACUGUAUCCGGACGAUCGCGACGAAUCCUCCGGCGGUCGUUUCGGAUCCGUGAUCACAAAUCUCGGCGAUCUCGACAAGGAUCGGUGUGACGAAAUAGCGAUCGGCGCUCCCUUUGAGGGCGGGCGCGGCGCCGUCUACAUUUUCCGAGGUUCUGCUAAGCACGGUUUGAGCAAUGACGAUCGGAUCAAGAUCGAGCCACCGCGACCCGAAGUUGAAGGCUUCGGCUACAGUAUUUCCAAGGGUUUGGAUAUCACAGGCAACAAGUACCUCGAUUUUGCCGUUGGUGCUGUUCUCAGUGGUCACGGCUUCGUGUAUAGAUCUCGGCCCGUCAUCAUCGUCAGGACCUCGAUAAAAUUGACCGAGAAACAAAUCCCGAAAGAUGGGGGGAAAUGCUCCGCCAACGGACGGAGAGAUUUAUUCUGUGUAAACAUGACCAUCUGUACCUCGUACGAUGACCCCGAACCCACGAGCAGCGAUGAGGCUAGAAGCUACUUUUUGAAGCUCGAUAUCAGUGCCGACGUCAAGAGUAAAACGCCGAGAGCGUUGAUCGCCCUCGACAGCUACGAUUAUCAGCAAACAGCCAUGAGCGCAGUCACUCGAGUGGUUCAGCUAGACAGCCCGGGAAAAGAGGAAUGUAUCGAUGUCAGAGCUUUCGUCUUACCCGCCUCUCUUUCUCGGGACAUGCUCAAUCCGAUCGAGUUCCGGGUGAUGUAUGACAUCGAGGCGGAGCAGCCCGGUCAAUUCUGUGCCAACUGCCCAGUUCUGUACUCGAAAGAACCCGCUAGCGCAACGACCGCCUACAUGGUCAACUGCAAACACGAAGGCUGCGUGGUCCACCUUCGGCUUCGUGCCUCUGUCGACGGUCUCGAGAACGGACAAGCGAUCGCUAUCGGUCGUACAGAACCGCUUACGCUUAAAAUCGAUGUCGACUCGGCUUCGAGGAGCGACAUUGCUUUUAGGACCGAAGUGGUUGUCACGCUAAAUUCCGGGUUCGUCUUCAACAACCCAGACAAGUGCAGUCGGGUGGAGAACACCGAGGACUCUAUCGCUUGCUUGGUCGACAAUGAGUUCCAAGCUGGAGAAUCGCGGUCGAUUUCCCUCAAGCUACAGCUCGACGCGAGCCUUUCAUCGAGCACGUCCACCGUUAGCUUCGGAGUGGCCCUGGUGACGGCUUCGAAAGACCAGAACGCGCAGGCGAACAACGUAACUUUCGAAUUCCCUCUGGUACUGCGCGCCGACGCUGGGAUCUCCGGCGCUGGUUUGCUGGAAAACGUGAUUUUCAAGAAGAAUUCUUCCGAUAUCACCAUGGAUCACGUCUACACCGUCACCAAGUACCACGAGAGUCCCGUAGACUCGAUAGAGCUCACGGUCCGGGUUCCGAUAGCAAAAAAAUCUGACUAUCUCCACCGGUAUCCACUCGUGAAAGUGUUCUCAGCCGAGACGAAGACAAGUGACUCGAGCGUCAAAAUCGACUGCAUUUAUCAGAAUGAGAAACGCGUUCGAAGAAAUACGGUCUCGGUGCCGAAGAGCGCCUCGUUGACACUGCCAACUUCCACCGUGCGACAAUUAAAAAUCAACUGCGAAUCGUUCAGCUGUCGAUUGUACAAAUGUUCAUUGGGUCCGCUGAUGGCUGAUCAGAUCCGAACAACGUUCCACUUGCAGCUGCAAUUGAACAUUUCUGAGCUGAUCGACCAAGCUCGCGUUAUUCCGGAGGUUAUCGUUUUCCGCUCAGAUGCCGCAAUAGUCCUGAAGAACCGGCAGCCGUUCACGAGCGAGUUGAAUCCAAAACCGAAAAGUGCCGCUAUCGAAACUAUUCUAGUGAGGGAGGGCAAACCUCUCGGACGAGGUAUCGAUUGGUGGUGGAUUCUGCUCGCCGUCAUUGUCGGACUUAUAAUGGUUUCGAUAAUUUUCUACGGGCUCUACAAAUGCGGCUUCUUCAAGCGGAACUCCCGCGAGGAUCUGAACGAACUGCAGAAAGAGCCUCAGUCAGCCAGUCCAAUACUAGCCGCUCAUCAUUCGCCCAUAAACAACAUGGUCGAUGUUGACGAUAAUGAUAAUACCUCCACAUUCCAUGACUCCAAGGUUUAGGUCUAGAACUCAAACUCUGGUGUCUGCCCCGUUCCACAAGCUUUCCUAAGGAACAAACUUCCACUAAUCUGGAUAAUUCAUCCAGUCACGCUUCGUAGACGCGUCAAGCCGAUGUUUCACUCAUGCAGCAUAAGUAGAACUAGAGAGAACGCGAUGCUUUCAGGGUUUUUUGCCCGCGGAAGUUUUCGGCUUUGAGGCGCCGGUCGACGCAAUGUCCUCGCGG